CAUACUACGCAUAGGGAGAAAGAGAAUGACAGGGUUACAUAAAUGGCCAGUUUAUGCGUAUUGCUUAUUUCCUGUUCGCAGUUGCAGGCAUUCACAGGAGCUGGAUUUCGCCAGAGAUCCGGGCUCACUACGACCAACACAACCGGACACUUAACAGUCAAAAUGGGAACCUUCGCCAAAGUACUGCUGGCGAGUAUAUGCGUAGCUUUCCUUGCUGUGAAGUGGAAUGCGCCCACGUUGGAUGCAGAAUCUCUCCGAGGGGCCAGGGUGUUGGUGACCGGGGCCAGUACAGGCAUCGGUGAACAAAUAGCGUAUCAUUACGCCCGUUUCGGAGCCCGAGUUGUUAUUACAGCAAGAAGGGAGAAAGUAUUACAGCAGGUGGCAGAGAAGUGCACAAGUUUGGGAGCCCAAGAAGCGCUUUACAUAGCUGCAGACAUGGGCAGCGAGCAAGAUCCUGAAAAAGUGGUGGAGUUUGCUCUGGAAAAGCUUGGAGGGUUGGAUUAUCUGGUUCUCAACCACAUCGGCGUGAGCCACUUCAAAAUGUGGGAUGGAGAUGUAGAGUACUUCGAGUGGCUGAUGAAGGUCAAUUUAUUCAGCUAUGUUCAGAUGGCUUCGAAAGCUAUGGACUCGCUUGAGCAAAGUAAAGGAUCACUGGUGAUCAUUUCAUCACUUUUGGGCAAAGUGGCAAGUCCCUUUAUGGCACCAUAUUCAUCAACAAAAGCAGCCUUGAAUGGUUUCUUUAGGUCCCUCUACCAUGAGCUGUCAUUGAAGAAGAGCAACGUGUCCAUCACUUUAUGCACUCUUGGGUUCAUCGAUACUGAUGCCGCCAUGGAGAAAGUCGGGAAACUCACUGAUGUGCCGGCGGCCUCUGCCACAGAUGCAGCCUUGAACAUUGUCACUGCAGGAGCGCUGAGAAAGGAAGAGCUCUUUUACCCUUGGAAAACCUACAUUGUGACUCUCACCAAAGACUGGUUCCCUCCUAUCACGAACCAUAUCAUGCAGAACAUAUUCAAGUACGAACCAUGACAAAAACAUUAACCAAACUAUUUUUGUAGAACAGUGUAUUAGGGUCAUUUUAGAUUUUUAAAAAUGACAAAAUAUGAGCAGGGAUAUUCUUAAUUUCCGGCCAUUGCCUUGUUAAUUUGACUUAAUUUUAAGAUAAUAUCUGUUUAUAUUUAUAUUCACAUAAAUAUGUUUUACAAAUUCCUUAUUAUAAUCUCAGAAUAUAAACACUGCUGAAAAAAACACUUAAUCCUCACAGUACAACACCUAGUCAGUUAAACUUCAGGGAUAUCAAUCUGUCCAUUUAGGAACCACAAGUGAUUGUGAAUCAGUUUCACUGCUCUGUUGCAAAUGAAAGUGACACCAGGUGCAAUGGAGAAGCAAAAGCAAGACAACCCCCAAAACAGAAUGGUUUGGGGGUUUGGUUUGGUCCGGCUGUUACAUGAGGAGAACUGGACAGGGCCGUAGAAGGGCAUCAACCCAGCAGCAGGACCGGUAUCUGCUCCUUUGUGUGAGGAGGAACAGGAGGGGCACUGCCAGAGCCAUACAAAAUGACCUCCAGCAGGGUACUAGUGUGCAUGUUUCUGACCAAACCGUCAGAAACAGACUCCAUGAGGUGGCAUGAGCCACAGCCUCUAGUGGGACCUGUGCUCACAGCCCAGCACUGUGCAGCUCGAUUGGUAUUCGCCAGAGAACACCUGAGCACAAGUGACAGGCGUGAAAGAGUCUGGUGAACGUUAUGCUGCCUGUAACAUCAUCCAGCAAGACCGGUUGGGCGUUGAAACAUCCGAUUUUUCACAUGACAGAAACUCUGUGGUACGAGUGGCAUGCUUGGUAAAAGGAAGGGAAAAAAUAACUAAUCUUUUGGGUUUUUUCUCUCAAAGCAGUUUUGACAAUGACAGGAAAGAAAGAAAGGUUCCCUGGCAUGACCCUGACUUUAAGGGACUUUCAGGGCAAACCAAACUCCCCAUUCCACCCAUGCAUUUAGACAUUCUAGUCUCCAACCAAACCUUUUAAAUACAAAGCAUUUUGCAGACAGAUAGCGGCAUGUGGCUUUGUUUUGGGGGGCGUCAGUGUUGAGGAAGACAAUGCGUAGUACUUUAUAUGUCCACAUGAGGGCAGUAGUACUAAAGUCAUGAACAGAGAUUACCUCCUGAUGUCCAUUCCCUGUUGAGUGAAAAAAAAAAAUCUAAACGGAAGAGCAUCAUGCUUCUUUUUUUUUGUCCCAAAUAAUAAAGAUUGGUGCUUGAAA